GCAUCCCCAUGCCUGAAAGUUGAAGAAAAAUAAUAGAAAUUGCUGUUGUAAAGCCGAAAAUAUAAUAUUUAAUAAAAUAAAUAAUCAAAAUGGCGCGGAAAAACGCUCAGGCCGAGGAUCUUUCGAACGUGGAGUUCGAAACAAGCGAAGAUGUGGAAGUUAUACCCACUUUCAAUGCUAUGAAUCUUAAGGAGGAGCUGCUACGCGGCAUUUACGCGUACGGUUUUGAAAAGCCUUCGGCUAUACAGCAGCGCAGCAUCAAGCCCAUUGUAAAGGGACGCGAUGUUAUUGCUCAGGCACAGUCAGGUACAGGCAAAACGGCAACGUUCUCUAUUUCCAUACUGCAGAGUCUCGACACAACGCUGCGCGAGACGCAAGUGCUUUGCUUGUCACCAACACGCGAGUUGGCUGUGCAAAUUCAAAAGGUUAUUUUAGCGCUGGGCGACAUGAUGAAUGUGCAGUGCCAUGUUUGCAUUGGCGGCACAAAUCUGGGCGAGGACAUACGUAAACUGGAUUAUGGUCAGCAUAUAGUCAGUGGCACACCGGGUCGUGUAUUUGACAUGAUUAAACGUCGUGUACUGCGCACAAGAGCUAUCAAAAUGCUGGUGCUGGAUGAAGCCGACGAGAUGUUGAACAAAGGCUUUAAAGAACAAAUUUAUGACGUUUAUCGUUAUUUACCACCAGCAACGCAAGUAGUGCUUAUUUCCGCUACCUUGCCACAUGAAAUUCUGGAAAUGACAUCCAAAUUUAUGACAGAUCCCAUUCGAAUUUUGGUCAAACGUGAUGAGUUGACUCUGGAAGGAAUCAAGCAAUUCUUUGUCGCCGUGGAGCGCGAGGAGUGGAAGUUUGACACCUUAUGUGAUCUCUAUGACACACUCACCAUCACGCAGGCAGUCAUCUUUUGCAACACCAAACGCAAGGUCGACUGGCUGACUGAAAAGAUGCGUGAAGCAAACUUUACAGUUAGUUCCAUGCACGGCGACAUGCCACAAAAAGAGCGUGAUGAGAUUAUGAAGGAGUUCCGCGCUGGCCAGUCCAGAGUGCUGAUUACAACAGAUGUGUGGGCGCGUGGUAUUGAUGUGCAGCAAGUAUCGUUGGUCAUUAACUAUGAUCUGCCAAACAAUCGUGAGCUCUACAUUCAUCGCAUUGGUCGUUCCGGCCGCUUUGGACGCAAGGGUGUGGCUAUUAACUUUGUAAAAUCGGAUGAUAUUCGCAUUCUGCGCGAUAUUGAGCAAUACUACUCGACCCAAAUCGACGAGAUGCCCAUGAACGUGGCUGAUUUGAUCUAAAUUUCAUUUAUACUAAAGCCCCUUCUACGUACUUCGUAGUAGUAUGUACAAUUAACAUUUUCAUAGUAAUAGUAGACAGCAUAUGAAUUGAAUACGUUUGAAGAGUAUUUAUCUUGCAAAAUACAACCAUAAUUUGUAUAUGUAAUAAAGAAUAACAGUUAAGCACUUUAUAAACGAAUAACACUUGUUGUUUGUUAGCAGGUAACUUUUGUAUUGUCAAACAAUUCUCACUGAAUACCAUUGUAGAGAAAGCAAAAUACCAUUUAUAAUAUUUAAACUAUAACUAAAACUAACUACAGACUUUGGUGUAGCGCAAACUAAACCCGUAUAUGAUGAUCCCAAUGACAAUUAAAUGAACCCCAUUAGC